GUGCUGUCUGGCCUUUAUAGUUAUACUGCCAUCUGGUGGUGAACGCGCCACGGAUCUAGCGCACUCUGCCGACCCGGAAGUUAUUCCAGUGGGUUCCCAACGUGUGUGUGGCGAGGCAGCUGCGAGUUAACACGAGUAAGAUCAUGGGAAAGUCCAAACAGGUUGGAAAGCACAGUAAAGGCAAGAAGAAGAACAUUUCCAAGACAUGGAAGACUAAACGCAGGACAAAGGACCUUGACCAGAUCCAUGCAGACAUGAUCCCUGUGAAUGCUGUCAAGUUACUAAAGCAAGAUGUAGAUUAUGAUGUUACAGGAUGUGCUCAGCAUUAUUGUCUGCACUGCGCGAGAUAUUUUGUCAAUUUGAAAACCCUGAAGGAGCAUUUCAAGUCAAAACCUCAUAAAAAACGAUUGAAGAAGCUGAAGGAAGAGCCAUAUACACAGGCCGAGGCAGAGCGGGCAGCAGGAAUGGGCUCCUACAUCCCACCCAAAACUGUAGAGGUUCACACACAGCAGGUCGAGGAAGAUAUGGACUGAAAGAGGACUUUGGCCUCUCUCGCUGUAGACUCUUGAUUUUCUGGAAAAAUAUACUCUUGAGAAAAAAAAAAAAACACUCUUGAAAAUAUAAAAUUGAUAUUAUUUUUAUGAAUGUUCAUAGACAAUUCUCUGUAAAUUCUGACUUGUUUGAUUUUGGAGAAGUCCUGGAACAGGUGGCUACGGUUUCAUUCUUGUUGUGAAAUUAAAUUUGUAAAGUUUGCUUUCAACAAUAAAAGUCACUUUGAAUAUUCUGUAUAA